CCGAGGAGGGAGGCAGGGAGGGAGGGUGUAAGAGCAGAUAAAAACAGGAAGGUUUCCCUUGGACAAUGAAGGCAGGAGAUGAGUGUGACUCCCCGUUGCACAGUGGUGAUAGAGCAGGUCUGAAUAGGGAGCCGCAGAAGGCCUGCUCGGAUCGGGACCUCUGACAUUCACCGCACAGGGGGGUGGUGGAUUAUGACGUGCACUGGACAGCUACUGUCGGCUGUGUUUUGAGGAGAAGAUGCGAUGGAGGAUUCUAGCUUCUCUAAGCUUGUGCUGCUGCUGACAUUGUGUGUGUUGCUUGAGAGGACGGAGGCAUUACCAUUUGGCGGGGGGGCUGAGGAUCACAACAGUCGCAUCAGAGGUCUUUGGAGGCUGCAGAUGAAGGAGACUAAGUCCAAAGAAAAGGCCGCACCUUCUCACCCAAACAUGAGAGCGGGCAGGAAGCAGUUGCUGUACUGCCGCGUGGGGAUUGGCUAUCACCUGGAGAUCCCACCCAGCGGCCCAGUGAGGGGGGUCCACAUCCCAACCAAACACUGUCACCUGAGGUUGUUUGCCAUGAAGCAUGGUGUGGUGGGCAUCAGAGGAGUGACCGCUGGCCUGUACCUCUGCAUGAAGGCCGACGGAGUCUUCUACAGCUCUGAGUCCUUCUCCGAUGACUGUCUCUUCAAAGAGAAUCUGGAGGAGAAUUUCUACACCACCUACUCGUCCCUGUCCCACCCUGGCCUGUACCUCGCCCUGUCCAACAAGGGGGAGGUCAAGAGAGGGACCAGUGUGUCCCGCCACCAAGCCCGCACGCACUUCCUGCCCCGCAGAGCGCCCUGAGCCCCCUACAGGCGACCACUACGUUGAGGGGGGGAAAGAUCAAGAAACAGGACACUGUGGGCCAUCUUGGCUCCCAACAUGUCCCAUGGUGGAGCAUGUUGGCUUCCUGUUUGGACUUAAGACAACUCUGUACCUUGGAUCCUAAAUGAGGGGUUGGGGUGCUGAUGCAUUGUGGGAUGGCCGUAGGGCAGGGUACCGUCGUACAGGACGAUGUUUCUCCAUGACGGACAGGCAAUGGUGGGAGGGCUGUGGUGGGAGGGCUGCAUUAGGACGGACGUUGGGGGCCGUGAAUGCUUUUCAGGAUGCAUUAAGCCCGGGUUCAAUGCCUUGCCCGAGGGCAUGAGAACACUUGAAGUUGUCUGUGGAUUGAUUCAACCCAAUGUUUUUCUGGCUACAAGUCCCUCUAAAAUAGUGACGGUGUUGUGGUAACAUGCAAUGCUUGGGUUGGAAAAUAGGGGUUAUGUCUACUUCUUCUCUGGCCCGGCUUGAUGUAGAGGAGCUGAUCUAAACUCUCUCUUACAUGAUGAACAUACAAUUAUAGGACAGAGGGCUAAGCUCAAUAACGAAAUCGUACUUUGUAGCAUCAAUGCUACAUCCAACUCCAUAGGAAAACAUUGUGCGGGAAGGAUGCUGAAAGCUUGUCACGACUGCUUAGAAUUGCACAACGACCACAAUUAUCUGUGUCUUCCUACAAGUGGGUGAGCGUAGAUGAGUAGAUAAGAUUUAAUUUGGAUAGUGCUUAAUUAUCAAGGCGCAUAUCUAAACACUGACAUCUAGUGUAUAACAAAGAAAAUACAUGCACAACUUGCACACUAUGUACUUUAGAAAAAAAGAAAAAGUAUAUAUUUUUGUAAGCAUCUAAUAAUGAUGUUUGAUGCAUGUCCAAAACAAACUA